CACGAACCAUCUGCAGGUAAACAACAUAAUGGAAGAAGUCGAGCAGUCGGACACGGAAGAGGAUCGUAUCUAUGAGUAUCUGUUGGACAGCGGUGCGCUGAACGACGUGCAUGCGGUGGCUGAAUCGAUCGCCAGCUCAUCGACCACCGAUUGGUCCGCAGACGGCAGCGAAUCGGAAGACGCUCGACGCAUAGCCGACCGGCUACUAGAACAGAACGCCGAGGACGUGGACCGGGCGUUAGAGGCGAUCGUCCGGGACGCCCGACUGGCCACCGACGUGCGGCUAGUGGACGGUCGGUGGACUGAGCUGCUCGACAUCGGACCGGGCCGGACGCCGCGGCAAACGCUCCGGAACCUGGACGCGCUGGCCCGGUUGCCGUUCGCGUACGACACGUACGCUGGUCAGUACUUCCGGAAGCUGACCAAAGGGCUAGAACACGCAUACGCGGUGGACGCGUUUUUCGUACCAGCUGGCCGCGUGUACGCCAAGCUGGUGGACGUAGCCCCCGAUCCGGAUUGUGCGACCGAGAGCUUCGGGUCAUUGUGUGAAGCCACGCACCUCCGGUGCCUCCGACCGGACCUCAGUAAAUCGGUGGCGGCCGUGUGCCUAUUGAUCCGAUGCAUGGCCACGAUUUGCGUUCGGUGCGCCGGUUCCAAGAGCGUGCGGUCGGCGGUCACCGAGUUCGUAGCCACCGUCAUCCGGGCGAACGCACUGCACCGGCCAACCGGCCGCUCACAGGAUCACCCGCCCCGUUCGGAUAUGACGUCCCCAUACGCGAUAUUGUAUUGCGCCGACCCGACGGCCCGGUGGUUUGACCGCGUGUCCCGGUACCACUCGUGCCGGUCGGCGUUCUUCGACUGUCUGGACGGUGAUCGGAACCUGCUCAAGAUUGUCGUGUCCGGAUUUUUUCACUGGAUGACCGAGCCAAUCAUCCCCAGUAAGUCGGACAAGAACAGUGCUACCACGGUUAUCAGGUACAAAACAAGAGGCCAAAUUACCUUUAUUAACACACCCCUCUAUAUUUUUCCAGAUCUUUUUUCUAAUCAUAUGAUAACCAGGUUAAAAUGUCCAUUAUUAAAUAUCCAAUAAAUAAGACCUUAUGUACAUAUUAUAUGUUUAAAAUUGAACGUCUAAUGUUCUUGAGUACCCACAUAGAAUGUUUAUAACGUCAAAAAAAAAAAAAGGUCCACAAUUUAAACGCAAAUCGUUUGGGCAAUGUAAAUGUCCGAAUUAUUAUAACAACGUAGGUGUACAUGUACAUAAAACAAAUAAAAUAUAUAAGAACAAAUUUUCUUUUUUGGCCACAAUAUAAAAAACAAUAUUAUUAUACGCACUUUAAUGUAAGUAGGGUAUCACAUUAGAUAAAACAUAAUAUUUAUUCAGAAGGUCUGUGGAUAAAAUUGUUAGUUUAAACAGAAAUACUUGAAUAAGUUGUUUAUAUGUCAUACUUUGUGGUAUAAAAAAAAUAUAUGAGUUUAAUGUAGUAUUUCUUUUCUUUCUUUUUUUUUCAUAAGAAUUCCAACAUCAAAUUUUGACGAAAAUCAUAAAUAUUACAGUCUUUUAAAACAUGUUUAACCGAACUUCAUUCCACAUCGUUUUUCAUACACAACGAUUAAUCAUUGCACAAAGAUAUAUGCAAAUUAAAUUCUCCUUAAUAUCGUACCUUCUUAACUUCUCACCUACAACAGUGGCCUACCUGUGGUGCAUAGUAUGUCCAUAUUUUUGACAUUAAUGCUUUAAAUAUUUUUUACAUUGGUUAUAAUAUUAUGUUUAAUGUACAAAUUAUUUUAUAAUUUAUUUGUACCAGACAUCUUUUUGUUGACAUAUUGUAACCAAGCAGCGAUUAUAAUGGUGAAUCUACUCACGCUCAUACUAAUUGGUUCCAUUAGAAUUGCGUUUCUAUUUAAAAAUGUUUAAAUUGACAUGCAUUUACACAGCUGCGAUAAAAACAGCAAUAAUAAUUAAUUUUCUUAAUUAACGUGGUAACCUCACCACUAAAUAUAUUUUCUAUGCAAAUUAGUUUUUAUUUUUAUUAAUUAUUUUUUAUUUUGCUGAUAAUUAUAGUUUAGCAUAUAAAAACUAUAGGUUCGCAAUAAAAAAAUGUAUGAUUUAUUUCAAAAGUAAAAAAUACAUUGAUGCUGCUCAGGGAUAGGCCACUGUCGUAGGUGGUUAAUCUAGAAGUCAGGAUAUAAAAUGUAUUUUAUACAUUGUAUGUAACAAUAAAUUUCAAACGAAAAACAGAUUUUAAGCGGAGUAGUACCAGUUGGUUUUUCUGUUGUUGUCUAGGUAACCCCCAAAAAAAAAACAAAAAAUUAAGAAAGCCCACUCUAAGAUUGAAUGAGAAGAACUUAUUUUAAACAAUAAAAACUAUACAAAUUUAGUAUGAAUUUAUAUAUAAAUUAAAAAUUACAAUAAUAUUAAAAUUAUAAUUUUUGUUAACCAAAUUAACAACCGUAACUAUGUAUACUGGUAGUUACGGGAGGAUAGAAGUACACAUAAACGAUAAAACGUGUCUAAACGUAUGUUUUCAGAGGAAAAAAAUAUUUUUGUCAACUAAUAAUAUAGCUCUUUCGUUAUACUUAGAAUCAGAUAAAUGAUGGCCAAACAUUAAACUAAAAAACAGAUAAAAAAUCCGCAAGAUACAUAUUGUAUUAUCAAUUUUUUCAUUGCAGUUUAUCACAAUGAUAAAUAUUAUAAAAUUGUUUAAUAUUUUCGGACAGAAAAUCAAAAUGAAAUAAUGCACCCACGAAAUAUUAUAAAUAAACUAGAUAAAAAAAACAUUUUUUUUUUCACCUAGUAAAUUUCCCAAAAAUUAUAUAAAAGAAAUGUUGUGUUAACGCAAGUCUGCAUGUGUAUUUUUAUGUGAUUUAUUGAUGAAAAAAACAAAUUUUUCAACAUUUCGACAUGGUGUAUAAAAAUAUAUACAUAUUUUUUAUUAACUUGAGAACACAUCUUCUUUUCAAACAACAAUAAUUAUAGAGAAGACUCAUAAUAUUAUAUAAUAUUAUUUGUGUACCACUAUAAAGGUACGUGGUAACUGCUGUAGCUAUUUACCAAUACAAAAAGUAAAAAAAAAAAAAUAUCGCGAUUCUAGUUAAUAUAUUAUUAUUGUUGUUUUAUUUUAUCGAAGACGUCGGCGGCGGCGGCGAUUCGAAAAUACAGGUUUUUUUCUCUUAAAUAUCAAUGGUUUACAUACACACAGAUCAGGGGUGGCACUAGGGAGAUAAAUCCCCUCCUGUGGUUAGGAUGUUUUUAGUGUAACCAGUUUUACCGGUACACGAAUUAUUUGAUUCGUUCUAACGUGGACGUUUUCAACGCAUUAUUGUUGUGUAAUAUCAUUUCGGCACCUAUGCAACAUAAUCACAUACACAAUUUUGUUGUUAAGUAUAUAAUGUAUUAUAGACGAUUCGGACAAACAGUCCCGUUGAUAUUAUUCGAACGUGACGAUAUUAUUAUGUCAUUUUUUUCUUCUUCGGUUUUUAGGUAAUUGUUUGCGUUACACAAUCCAUUUUAUUAUCAUGAUAUACUUAACAAAAUAUAUGAUCACAGUACUAAUAUCGGUAAGAAAUUUGUAUUGUUAAAACGCUGUUGGAAUAGUACUACUUUAGUAGUGUUCAGUAAAAUUGUCCUGUAAAAACAACAUAAAAACAUUAAGCUAAUACCACUGAUGAUUGCUGGUGGGACUGUUGUAGGUAGGAAAUUAGUAAGGUAGGAUGGAUAAAGUAAGAUUAUUAUAAAUAAGCCCUAUUAUCUAUACAACCAAGAAGAAUUUAUAAUUAUUACACUGGGACAUUGAUUAUAGUUAAUUUGUUUUUAACUUUUCGACUUUACAAGUUAAUCAUUAUUGAUCAUAACUACACUCAGAAUCGUUUUUCGUUAGUGAAGUUUUUCGAGUUAAAUUUAAUUUUUGUAAACUUUUAAUCGAAUGCUUUUUUUUCGUCGGAUUAUAGAUUGAUCUAAUCAAAUUAAAUAUUUUCACGAUCAAUAUUAUAUUAUGUUUGAACGUUCGGCAUAAUGUAAAUUAAGCAUUUUCGUUUCACGGCGAAAUGUUUAAAACUCGCGUGACAACAAAAUAUUUUGGCGGAUAGGACAUCUACGUAUUGUAUCGAAAAGCGCGAUCGUACCAAUAUUGUAACAAUGUAUAGUACAAAUAUUAUAAUUUUAAAAUUGUUUACAUAACAGUCCUUCGAAUAACGUUUCAACGGUUGGUGUGCUAGGUAUAGACAAGUGUAGGUUUCGUCACGGCGUUAUAUAAUUUUUUUUCAUUUUGACAAUAUUUUCGUCGUACCUAUCAAUUUCAAAACAUUAUGUUCACUUUUAUGGGCAUGCGCAGUCUGACGAGCCGUGCCUCGACGAAACUAUUACCGGUACACAAUUUCAAGAUUUACUAUAAUGCGAUUGCCAUUUGAUAAUACCAUAAAUGUGACUGUAUUAAGCAAACGCUAAAUACAAUCGCAUACGCACUGCACGUUAUACAUACGGCAACAUUUCAUAUUUAAUAAUUACAUCAGUGUGUUAUCUCGAUAAUACGGCGUAUGCGGUUUACUACUUUCCACGAAAGUAUAAGUUUCGUUGAGAUAAUUUCAUUUAUGAACUCGCAUGCGCGUCGCACAUAUUAUUCUUCACCUGUAACACGUGGAUCACACUCGGAGGUGUGCUUAUCAUUUUACUUAUGCAGGUACAUCUCUGAAAAUUAUUUAGUGUACGCUAUUGCCGGAUCUCAAGAAGGUAAAUCUACCCGUAACCGUCACUAACAUUAACCGGAAAAGUUAUUUAAAAAUAAUCAAAAAAAUAGCAACUAUACAGCAAACGGUGCUUAAUGAUGUUAGGAUACGGACGACUAAAUUUAAGCGAUUUAUUUCCUGCAUGACCAUUUGGAACUCAAGGAUAAAUUAACAAACUUUAAAACACAAGUGAGAGCU